UGGAACUGGGUCUGAAAACAAGAAGUGGCAAAACUGGGCUAGGGAUGUAGGUAGCUCAGUGGUACAGUGCUAAAUGUACAUAGCUCUUAUACAUAGCUCUGGCUAUGUGUAUUUACCCUUCAUUUAGUGGUUCACUCACAGACUGACUAAACAAUCUUGCAUGUAAGCUUAUUUUCAUAAUUUGUUAUGACUACUAACUUGUUCUGAAACACAUUUGCUACUUCCAAGGAUCCCCAAAUCCAUCAUAAAAUGCUCUAACUGAUGUACUCACUACUACUUCAACUCCAAAUGAAGGUAGCACAUUCCAAUUUGAAGUGGAGAAAGAGUUGGUUUUAGGAACCAAACUGGGUUCCUGUCCCUGGGAAUAGUCUGUGUACACAGUGAGUAUCUCUGGGCAUCAGCCUUUUAAACCUCAAAACAGCCUCAUGAUCACUGAUGACUAUGCGGUUUAAUCCAGCAGAGUGAUGCUGGAUUCGAUCAAGCUGGCAAAAGUAAGAAAACUUGACGUUUUGUUUUCCUCUAGUCUUGGAAAAGAUAGAUUGCAAAGAAGCCAUCCACAGACAAUUUUGGAAUUAAGCUUAAAGACAAAUUUAUAUCGGUAUUUUACUGAGUUACUGGAGAACAGCUCCUUCUGUCAUGCUCACAGAGAAAUAAUUAGUUAUGUGGGAUUAAGUCUUUGAAUGUAACUUUAGCCAAUCACAAUAGUAAAGCUAACUACUUCAGAAAAUAAUCAUAAGGAAGUAUACUAAAUAUGUUUAUAGGUGGAUUGCCCACUAACUUCCUCCCACUAAAGAAAUAGAGAAAUAAGCAAUGUUUUUUUUUUGUUUUUUGUUUUGAGGGAAGAGGUAGUUGCUACAUUUUCCAUAACUAUUGAAUUUCUUCAAUACUCUAAUUUCCUUUUUCUCCCCAUUGUAGUUGCUGUCAUGCAAGACUAUUCAUACUGGUUAAGGAUACUGGAAGAGUGAAGAUCGGAGAAUUACGAAGGCAUUACCCAUCACUUUAAAUACUGUUACUUUUAUUUCAACUGGUCCACUGUGACAACUAGAAAAGCUCCUGUGACAAAAUUCAAGAAAAUCUGGUAUAAAUGAGUAACAACUCGACAUGCAUCCAGCCCUCCAUGGUUUCUACCACAGUUUUACCCAUCACUUACAUGUUUUUGUGUGUUGUUGGUCUCUUUGGAAACUCACUUGCUCAAUGGGUAUUUUUAACAAAAAUAGGUAAGAAAACAUCAACACAUGUCUACCUGGCAAACCUUGUGACUGCAAACUUACUUGUGUGCACUUCCAUGCCUUUUAUGGGUACCUAUUUCUUGAAGGGUUUCUAUUGGAAAUAUCAAUCUGUACAAUGCAGACUGGUCAAUUUUUUGGGAACCCUAUCUAUGCAUGUAAGCAUGUUUGUCAGCCUCUUAAUUUUAAGCUGGAUUGCCAUAAGCCGUUAUGCUACCUUAAUGAAAAAGGAAUCCUUGCAAGAGGCCACCUCAUGCUACGAGAGAAUGUUCUAUGGUCACUUAUUAAAAAGAUUUCGCCAGCCCAACUUUGCCAGAAAAAUGUGUACUUACAUAUGGGGAGUUGUGCUGGUCAUAAUUAUUCCCAUUAUCCUAUACUACUCAGUUGUAGAGGCUACAGAAGAAGGAGAAGGACAGUGCUACAAUCGGCAGACGGAAUUGGGAGCCAGCAUCUCUCAGACUGCGGGUCUCAUUGGAACCACAUUUAUUGGAUUCUCAUUUUUAGUAGUAGUGACAUCAUAUUAUUCUUUUGUCAACCAUCUGAGAAGAGUAAGGACCUGUACCUCCAUUACAGAGAGAGAUUUGACCUACAGAUCUGUGAAAAAACAUCUUUUGAUCAUUCAGGUCCUCUUAGUUGUUUGCUUUCUUCCAUAUAGUAUUUUUAAACCCAUUUUUUAUGUUCUGCACAAGAGAGGAGACUGUCAGCAGCUGAAUUAUUUAAUAGAAGCAAAAAAUAUCCUCACUUGUCUUGCAUCAGCCAGAAGUAGUACAGAUCCCAUUAUAUUUCUUUUAUUAGAUAAAACAUUCAAGAAGACACUAUAUAACCUCCUUCCAAAAUCUUAAUUCAUCACAUAUGGUUGACUUUUGCAUGGAAACCACCACAAAAUAGAAAAGCAUUCAUGUGACUCUAUUAGUGACUUUAAAUUAAAUGAUGAACACGUAACAGCUUGGUUGACAAUGGGCACCAAGGAAUUUUUUUAGUUUUAUGAACAAAUAUAGGCAUAAAAUUGGACUUAGAGUUCUACUUAUACUGAAAGUUGAGAUGGCAGAGACUUUCAGAAGCAAGUUGAGUACAUCAAAAAAAUUCUACUGUAUAUGAAAUCAAACAAACUUUUUCCUGUUUUCAGUCAACUGCGGAUCUUCUGUCCAAUACACAAUAUUUUAUGACUUGAAGGAUAAAAAAGCAAAAGGCUUAUGGGUUUGCUUCCUUUCUAACCUAACACAUUAACCCAUCUAUGGUUAAAUUUUAUCUUGUUGACAACUUUAAAAAAAGAAUUAGAAACGGAAGGACUGGAAAAGUCAACCAGUAAGAAAUAUCUUCAUUUACAUCCUAUCUAACUGCAUGAAUAGUGCAUUGUAAAGUCAAUUUAGUAUUACCUGGCUUGUUUUACUGUGAAAGCCAACAUUCAAUGAUUCUAAUAUUUAAUAAACAGAUUUCAUUUACAAAUAUGCUUAAACAUCUGAAUUAUACCUUGUCAAAAUAAAAAGCAAUAUAAUAUAUAAUUAUAUGCCAAUCUUCAUGCUAUUUUAAUAUAUUUCCAAUAUAAUGUUAUUAUUAAUGACAGUACCUGCCAUAUAGUUAUGUUCUUUAAUUUUUGUAAACUAAAUGAAUGAAUGGUAAAGAAGUGUAAUCUUGUCAUAUAAAAGAUUAGCCUGUGGAUUUAAAUUAUCUGGGUUCAGUACUGGCCCCAUCUCUUAUUUAGCUGGACAAUCUUCGGCAAAUGACUUACCCUCUUUACAUGUUAAUUUUUUAAAUUGUGGAACAGAAAAUAUGAUCUGAUUCAUAUCAUUAUUAUUAAAUCAGAUAUUGUUACUAUUGUGAGCUAGUAGCCAGUACUUGCUGUGUGUUAAGUCCUCUGUGUAUAUGCUUCAUGAGUAGAAUUUUAAUAAUUAUGACAAUAAACAUGUUAAUGUACUACUGAUGAGAAAAUCCUGACGCAUAGUUAAGAGGUCAUCUCAAUCCCUCCAGUAUAUAAGUAUAUUUAAGAAGUAAUUAUUUCUUAGCGAUCAUUUCUUCCAUGUAAUCUUGCCAGUAAGAAAAAUAGUAAUUAUAUUCUGUAUUAUAUACAUUAUGAUUAAAAAGCAAAAAUAAAAACUGUGUUCCCCAAAUUA